AUGAUACUUUUAAACAUUAAAUCCACUGCCUGGGCAUACUCUCUGGUAUCACUGGGCACUGAAAUGCUAAAUUCUGUCUUCAAUUUCUAUUAUGUGAAACUUUUCUUGAAACUAUAUAAGAUUUCAGAACUGGCCUUCUAUCAGUCUCAGGUAAUUUUAAUGAUCUGAAAUGUUCUGAACAACCUGACAGGGUAUUUUUACUGGAACUCUCAGUCUGAACACUGUCUGAGUGGCCAUUGUUAUGUGUGUGGAGCCCUUUUACACGCAGUGGUCUUCCUGCUUCCUUGGUUUCCUUGGAGAUACUAUCAGCAAGGGGACUGGCUUAGUGGAUUUCAGUUGGUGGUCUUCCUCUAUGCAUUCGACAGCACCUUCACGUGGGUGCAGCAAGUCCAGUGGCACCUGCUUGCAGGGACGGUCCCCCGGUCUGACAGCAGGCUGCAGGUGCUCAGAAUGAACCAGUUGGCAUCCCUGGUUGGCUCCACCAGCAUCCUCUUCUGUGGCCUCAUCUCUCACAACAUGGAAAUCCUCUCCAGUUUUCAGACCACCACCAUUGUCAUUGCUUUCCUUGUGGCUGCCAGCCUUCACAUUGGCAUGUCUCAUAUGAGACAUUGCGAUUCUGAAAGAAGCCUGAAGGAAAACUUCCUCUCAGAGAGUGAACAGGAGCUGGCCUGGAUCUCUGCUGCUGUCUUACUGAUGAGACAAAUCUUGUCCCAGAGGAACUUUUACCUUUUCCUUGUCAUCAAUGUCUUCCAAGUCUUCCAGUUGACCUUCUUCAGUAACUUCAUGAUGAUCUUUGCAGAUAAUCUCAUCCCAAGAGAGGCUCUCUCUUCCUCUAUAUGGAGUGUCGUGUAUGGGGAGAUCUGCCCUCAGUGUCUGGUACUUCUAGGUUAGCCCUGGCUGAAGACAUAUGGUUACUCUAAGAUUAUCUUAAUUUCUUUCUGCCUAGAAGGAGCAGCCGCCAUUGCCAUGUUACUUCUGGGGCAGGAAUACUAUUUCUGUUUGGCUGUUUAUCUCACUGUUAUCAUAUAAGUAAACCCUGGGGUGAUUGUGAAAGCUUCUUUUUGCUUUUUUAACUUGCCUCUGGCUGAUGAAGAUUUCAACAGGAAGUCUCCCCUUUCCUUAGUGGUUUUUGGCAUCAAUGCUUUGUUUACCAAACCUGCUCAGUCUUUAGCUCCCAUUGUGAUACUGUGUAUGCUGAACCAGACACUUGUAGAUCUUCAAGCCACCAUGUUUAGUUUGAUGUGCAUAGUCCCACUGGGCAUUGCAGCCAUCCAGAUUCUGACUUGGAGCUCCUUCUUCAUCAGCAACAGGAUAGACUACACAGCACCUGUGCUACGGAACUCACCACUGCUCCAGAACGAGUCCCGCCAGUGUGUGGUUGACAGACCCACCCGCAACCACCCACUAGGGCAAGGAAAGACCGGAAGUUCUGUGGGCACUACUUCGGAGAGGCUACGAGGAUUCAGCUACCCUUUCGGAAGUGGUCUCCCCUGA